ACGCUGUGGUAGCUUGGUGUGUGGAGUGGAGUCACGUGGAGACAGUCCACACGGUUCUGUCCAAACAGAACGUGAGCGAGUGAGUCGCUCGCUGCUACUAGCAAGUACUCAGUCUGUCUGUUCGAGCGCCGCUGGGCUGCUAAACCGAUUCAUGUUGUUUUUUUAGCCACGGGUCCCUUUAUACUUGACCAUUUUAUCGAAGAAUGAGUGAUAACGAUGAUAUCGAAGUCGAUAGUGACGAAGACUCACCGAGAUAUCACAAUGUGGCUGACAAACGCGCACAUCACAAUGCGCUGGAGCGUAAGCGUAGGGACCACAUCAAAGACAGCUUUCACAGCCUCCGGGACUCUGUGCCUGCCUUGCAGGGAGAAAAGGUUGGUAACAGUACUGGUGCAAACCACAACAGUUCUACCAAACAGGCGUCUCGAGCUCAAAUCCUAGACAAAGCCACAGAGUACAUCCAGUACAUGAGGCGAAAAAAUCACACGCACCAGCAGGACAUUGACGACCUGAAGAGACAAAACGCGCUGCUGGAGCAGCAAGUGCGCGCGCUGGAGAAGGUGAAGGGCUCGGCGCAGCUUCAGACCAACUACUCGUCAUCCGACAGCAGCCUCUACACCAACCCAAAAGGCAGCGCCGUGUCGGCGUUCGAUGGCGGCUCCGACUCCAGCUCUGAGUCUGAACCCGAGGAGCCUCCCAACCGCAAGAAGCUGCGACCGGAGGCAAGCUAGGAAGCGCCUGGCGCAUCAAAAAGCAGGUAUGAGGCCAGAGAUGGGGCCUCACAUGAAAGGCAAGAGGAAGCCUUUUAAACGCUCUCGAGGCUCUUUGACCUUUCCACCUGACACGCCCCAACCCCCCACCCUCUCCCUCCCUUCUGGGUGGGCUCGCACUGGAGACUCAUGACCCCUCAAAACUCCUCUAAAAUGCCUCCUAGAGCAAGGAGGGUGGAGGGUUAAAAUUUUCUUCUCGCAACAAUCCAAAACCCCAAAAAGAGGCAGCUCGGCUACUUAAGAAUUGUUUUAUUUUUUAUUUUUAUGUUCUGCUGCCAAGCGUUUGUGUACGGGAACAGCAGGUGCACACCAGACAAAGUCCUACGCACUGCUAUAUAACAUAUACAGUGGACCCCUGCUAUUGGCGGGGGAUAGGGACCGAGCCUGACCACGAAUAGUGAAUUUCAACUGACUGUCAAUCACAAAUCUAAUGGCUGCUGUUAUAUUUUUGAUUGGAUAAGUACAUUGAGUGAAGGUUCCACGUACACACACACACACCAGCCUUAUCUUAUGCCUUCCACCGUGAGACCGUGGUUAAGCUUACAACUAGAUUUUUUUUGGGGGGGGCGCAGUUACAGCUGACAGUAACCAUUCAUUAUCGAAAUUAAAGAGACGCUCCAAUACAGCAACCAUAAGGUAAACAGUAUUUGGCCAUGAAAAUAAAAUAUUUUUUUGUGAAUAAUGGAGGAUGGGUAAAGGAAUGGAGAAAAAACAAAACACCAAUAGGUGAAUUUGCAAAAGCUGAACUGUGACUGCGAGGGUCCACUGUAUUUUGUUGAUUUUGAACUUAAACACACACCAAGAUCAAUUGUUCUGGACAAUUUUAUCUUUUUGAACUACUAUCACCACAAAUUGUACAUUUGUAGCUUUUUCCACUUAAGAAUGUGAAGACCCCCCCCCAAGGAGAAAUGUUUAGUGACACCCACCUCAGGCUCACUGGAUUGCAGAUGUUUUGUGCUGCGACACAUUUGUUAAUGAAAUUUAAGAAGAAAAAAAGUUCCUGUGUUGAAAUGGAUGUAUUGAUUGAAUUCGAAUAAUAUUCCUAAACUUGUAUUGUGUUUUGUCCUUUAGCUUGAAGUAGUGAAUGACUUUAGGUGGCCGAACACAUUAGGCAGCUUGUUUGAUAGACAAUUACAUAAAAAAAAAAAAAAAGAUUUGUAAUGAUUGGAUGUUUUCAAGCUCAAAUGUAUGUUAUGCAUUUUGUAGUCAUCUCACAGGUCAUGGAAAAGAUCACUUAAACCGGAAUGUUCCAAAGUAGCUCCUGUCGUUUGCAGUACACGGAAGCCAGUGAAGCCCCCCCGCCGUUGACGUAUUGUGCUUUACAAAGUCCCAAAAUCCAUGUUGCUGAAACAAAAAAAAAAGUGUCUAGGAAGUGUGUCUGUACAUCGUUUCAAUUUUCUUUCCAUUCAAGAGGAUAUGAUUAGUGUCUUUGUCCGAUUCCAUUCCAUGGAAAUUACAAGUAUGUUGUACAUACUGCCAACAAUUGUCUUGCAAGUUGAGGCCUACCUUUAAUAUGAGACUAUAAAAUAAACUAUUUUAUCCUUUAA